CUGGCAAAAGUCAUAAAAUUCCCAUCAAUGGAAAUGUUUCCGUAAGGGAGUAUACCACAAUUGUAGCCUUAUAAUGGACCCUAUGGACAAUUCCCUCCAGCCAGGUUUAAUUUGAUAAAACUUUUAUUCAUUUAUCUAGAUUCCCUACAGACCUUUGCAUUCCAAAAGAAAAUUCACCGUUGACCAAGCUGGAGCUCUUACCGAAAAACUUGUUGCUACAAGGCAACAUGGUUAUUGUAAAGUACUCGUAAGAACAAUGAGCGACGGUGAGUUGGUAGACAAAGAAGUUGAGGAAGUUUUUAGUCAAAUGCUGAGCACCUACGUAAAGUCAUUAUCAAAUAAAACAAAGUAAUUACGUAUAAAAACAAUUCAUAUCUCACAGGAUUGCUAUAGCUAUUGCUAUUGCUAUAGCUAUUGCUAUCGCCGUCUAUUGUAAUGGUAACGAACACGCCUCCAUGGUGUCACACGAAAACGAUGUAUUGAGCCAAGUUUGAGUACCAGUCCGAGUCGCGUGGCGCGCCUUUCAAGUCUCGUCUUUUAGAGUCGUGUCUCUUAAGUCGGGGGUUUUAAAAGGUCGCGGAUUUUAGAAAAAAGAAUUGUUUUUGUAUCAUUUGCAUUGUUUUAUCUAUUGUUUUUAAUUAUUUAUCUUAAGGUGAUUCCUCAGUAUUGCAUCGCACAUCCUGUACUGAGCACAAAAUCAUGUAAUCAUGCGAUUUAGUGCGCGCGCAUUCCGAGAGCAAGGUAUUGUUUUUCAAGCAAUGUGCCAGGCAAAGAUGGUCUUUAGCUCUCGAACGAACACAGUGACCUAUAUUUCUAUUUAUAUAAUUUUGGUGUACAGAUUAUAACCUUGAAAGCAACGACUCGAGGAACGUUUUAUGUCGAUGUCGUUUAAAAUUGCGUGAUUUUUCCACAAAUUAUAUACAAAAUUGUUCCAUACACUCGAGACUUUCUACUUAUCAAGUGCCCUUUUUUUAAAAACCCUUACUUCUAACCACCGUGAACCAGUGCAACUGCGCGUGUGAUUAGUGCCAGUACAGGCAUAAAUAAGGUAAGUUUGGCCCAUGAUAUUUCGUAAAAAAGCACGGUGGACUAUCUUUUUCAUUGUACUUUUUGAAACAGUCAUCAGAAGGGAACAUUUAGGGAAAGUUUAAAAAAAGUAGUUUGGUAACUUUUUUUCUCAGGAAUCAGCCUAGGGGGAAGGAUGUUGAUACACGACGUAUAUCAAUACUACAAUAUUUAAGCGUUAGUUGAACCGGUUCACCCUCCCAAAACAUAUUAUGCCGUCCUAUCUACUCGACGUUAAUGGUAACCAAGCUUCCCAAAAUGUAGAUCAGAGUGAACCCCGAUCCCUAACCGUCCAUCCCGAAUCCCGAAUCCCGAAUGCCGAAUCCCUUAUCCUUAAUCCUUCAUCCAAAGCAUCACACGCAGAGCCUUACCCCUAAACUCUAACCCAAUCCCUUAGGUUAUCCUUUACUCCUAGUCCCACACUCAGCUUCCGAACCGCAAAUCCCUAAUCUAGUGUCUCAAUCGAGUCAAGAAUCCCUCAUCUUUUUCCCGAAUUCCAGUUCUAUAAUUCGAAGCGCUACGCGCAAAGUCCCACCCACUUGAUCCUAACCUAGCCCGAGGCUUAAGACCCGCAGCAAGUAUCUUGUAACCCAAAUCCCGAGACCCAAAUUUCGUAUCUCGUAUCCCGUAGCCCAAAUCCCGAGACCCAAAUUCCGUAUCUCGUAUCCUGUAACCCUCAUUCCGAGUCCCUUGCCCGAAUCUCAAAUCUCUGAUCGCGAGUCAAGACGUAACGGUUUUUAUUUAUUUAUUUAUCUCUCAGCUCGAUUGUCAGUCCGUUUCCUUCCUGUCCAAAUACAAGGACCUCACUUCCGAAUUGUUUCAUGGAUACCUGUGACACUGCAGGACACCCAACCCAUAUAUAAAUUGUUUAUGCAGUGGAGAAACAAUGAUGGACGUAUUUAUAACCGCUUACUCUGCGAAGGAAACCGAACGUCUUGCAAAGUUGGAGGAAGUCUUCCCCUACCUCAUCGCAUGUAUGUCAAUGUUAUUGUGAAGAAACCAGUUCAUAACUUUGAAGAAGGGAACAUACUUACAAACCCUACAGAAAACGUUUUGCUUCCUGUACCUGAAGAGAAACCAACGAAACCAGGUUAGAAAUAAUACAAGGGCAAUUAUUCAAUCGAAUAGAGAAAGUAAGCCGAGAUUGUUUAAUUUGGUUUUGCAUUACUUACCUAUAUGAUUGGCUCAGAAAACUCGUGCUCCUUUCUCAACAAAACAGAUUAAACGCUAAAAACAAUCACGAUCUGGUAGCACGCGUUUUCCCGCGCUAAAGCAAUUAACAUGUUUUAACUCUGAGUUCCGAUUGGCUGCCCAUGAAAUUUUCCUCUUAUCUUAUUGGUCUUUUAAAUAUUGUGGCUUUGGUGCAACGACACAAACUUGAAAAAUGCUCUGACUAUUGUUUCAAAUAUCUUCUUUACCAAGAAAAAAAAAAGCUAGGAGACUGAGAACGAAAGGUGGCGCAGUUUGUGCUAUUUUAGAUCACUUUUGUUUUGUGGGAUCUCAGAAAGAUCCAGGGAUGAGAAAGCGUUGGGUUCAGUAUUCAGAAAAAUCAAAAAUGGUUCUUUCCUUUUUGUUCUCUACAGCUGUAACUAAAUUUUUAUCUGGGAAAUUCAAGUUAUCACAGCCGAUUAAUUUCUCUCUCUCCCUCUUUUUUGCAUUUCUUUGACAGCUCGUGCCUCAGGUAACAGUACAACAGGUAACAGUACAACUUUCUUGAAAGUUGAAAUCGUUAGUUAUGACUGGAAUUUUGUCAAUCUAUCAUGGAAUGCAAUUGAGACUGGAAAUAGUCACGUGACCUACCGAGUUACAGCCAGAAGAGGUAAUAAAGCCAUUGAUUUGGUGACGCCAAAAAAAUCCAUGGCAUUAUCAAGCCUGAAGCAGCUGACAAGAUAUGAAAUCAAAGUGCAGGCUCUGGAAAAUAACAGCGUUCCUCUUGCAUCAGCUGCGGUCAGUUUUAUCACAGGAGGUGAGUUUGCACUCGCUUGAACUAAGUAUUGCAGAUUACAAACGUUAUCUUUUAACAAAUUAACUCACAUUUGUCUCCAAGCUCAGCUGAAGUUUGGAUCGAAAAGCUAGUUUUAAAGGAACACAUUCAACCAGUGUACUUUGCGCGUCGUUAUUGUAGUUAUCCAGGAACUCCAUAUUGUUUCUCUGACUGGGGUAUUACGGUUACUUUCUUGAGCAAGUCUUUCUCCUCUCGCAGAUCGUUUACCAAUAAGGAGUGUAAAUGAGAGCCAAAAAAUUGAAGAAUUAUAUAUUUGAGAGGUUACUUAGGGUUUAUAGCGGAGCUCGCAGAGUGUAGCCCCAUAAUUAUACAAAAUAGUAAUAACCCAUCAAGCCGAAAAAAUUUGGAUGUACGACCGUACGACCAACCGUACAAGGUGCUACUUUUAGCUUGCGCGGCCAACUGUACCACGGGCACUAUCUUAUAAUCAGUCCUCUACACGGACACGGAGAAGUUGCGAAUGAAAAUCCAUUAAUAUUACCACGCACUUUAUCCAUAGUAGGGGCUUUAGUUUUAUUGAAGAGACGUGCGGGAAAAAAAAGCGAGCUCCGCUUUCAGGCUUGCCUAAAUCUAUAUAUUAUUGAUCAUUUCUCGGACUGAACUGCUUAAAAAAAUACCCUUUCGAAUCCAAACGUAAAGAGCUACGGAGGAAAUAUAACCUCACAAAUUACAAUCCAAUUCUUGUUUACUCUCACAGACAGAAACGAAUGUAAAGAAAUGCCAGAUCCAUGUUUCGACCGCGCCCAAUGUAUCAACACCAAAGGAAGCUACUUUUGUCGUUGUCCUCUUGGGUGGACUUUUGACGGGAAAGUAUGCAAAGGUUUGUGGAAAUUUCAAGACAACUGCUCUGUUAACAAAGUCAAAUGUUUCUUUUGAUCUACCAUUACAUUUAUAAUAUGGUUUGCUAAAACUUUGCUUCAGGUGUCACCAGUUUCACUGUUUGAAGACUCCCAAGGAGCCUUUGUGUCUAUCUAAAUCACGUUAGAUAAUCUGCAUAUUUCAUGGUAGCAAAGUUACAGUAAAGAAAUUUGUUUUCCUUUCUGUACUUAAUUUGCAAUUAUAUUUUUAGAACUGUCACAACAUGAAAGAAAAGGGGCAUUUUGCGACGCUGAAAGAUUCCUAAACAUCAUAUGGCCGGUGACGUCACAAGGACAAAUGGCUUUCUCUUGGUGUCCCGUUGGAUCAAGAGGUAGGAUUGGAUCAAAUCUCUAAGCUAACUUCUCCUUAUUAUACAUCUCACAUCUCACAUCUCACAUCUCACAUCUCACAUCUCACAUCUCACAUCUCACAUCUCACAUCUCACAUCUCACAUUUCACAUCUCAUAUCUCAUAUCUCGUUUUUACUAUCUUGUUUCUCGUAUAUAUCUCCCAAUUAUCAUAUCCCAUAUCUCUUCCUUACAUCUGAUUUCUCCCCUCUCCUAUCUUGUAUCUCAUAUCUUGCACAUCGCAUCUCAUCUCACAUUUAUCAAAUUUUAACUCUCACAUUCCAUAUCUUAUAUCUCAUGUUAUUCCCUAUCCAACGUAGCUUCCCAUAAAUUUCGUAUUCCAUGUCCCAAUUACCAGGUAUUGCUAAGAGACAGUGUUUGGAAGUUUUCGGCGAAAGCACAUCUGAAUGGGAUGUCCCUGAUCUCAGUGAAUGCGUCUCGGAUAAAAUGAUAAAUAUCGCCCAACAGGUAAUGUGGUUUUUUCCUUUUUUUAAUAAAGAAAUGACAAUAAAAAAAACGGGAAUCACACUUUUCCAAGUUUUUUAAAUAGCAUAAAAUGUCGAUGAGAACAUUGUUGAUCCGUUUGAGUGAGAGGCAACUCGAAUAAAUUUCUUUUUGUGACGUUUUUAUCAUAUCUAUCUGUAACAGCGCGCCAUUAUUGGUCAGUGUAGUGAAGAAUAGCUUACCAAAUUUCCCACCAGAUCAAAGUGCCUCGCCCAAGGCCACAGUGACUCUAACCACUUUAAGAAAUAAUUUUUGUUAUUUACAAUACAGCUGGAUGAUCCCGACGUCGAUGUCACCGAAAUUUCCAUGCAGCUUGUUAAUGCUACUGACGUUAACACGCAUGCGCAAGCUCCACUUCAAGCUGGUGACCUUAAACUGGUCGUUGACCUCAUAGAGAAGAUUUCUCAAAAGAGCCUGGGAACAAUGCAGUACUUACCACCUGCCAUAAGAGACGAAACAAUAAAAAAGAUUACAAAGGUUUGUCAACUUAAGUUAAAUCCUUCGUGUGACUACAAUUGUUUCUGAAUUCAUAUCAGAAUGUGUCAAAUUUGCCGCUUUAUUUUUAUUUAGGCCAUAGUGAAGUCUUCCAGUAAUAUACUAGACGACAAAGCUCUUGAAUCCUGGAAAUUUAUGCCAGAGGUAAGAAACAUACAGAGAGAAAAUGGAGGUCAUUUGAAAGGCGUUGGUUUAAAUUCAUCGGGUGACUAAUUGGUUCUCUUUGCAUGAAUUGGCAUGUUCUUUUUCUCAGGACUCGAGGGCUGCUGGAGCAAGUAAGCUUUUAAAAGGAGUUGAUGGCAUUGCUCUCCAUUUGGCCAAAACAGCUGUUGCGAGUAAUGCAAUCGUAUCUGAGGCCUCAAACGUCGGUGAGUAUCACUCUAGUUACCUUCACACAAACUCCGUAUGGGGCGCUAUAUUUGGAGGUAAAAGAAACGAGAAAUUCUUUCUAAUCCUGAUAACCCGCCCAUGUGACUCACAGUACUUCACACUUUAGGAAAAACCCUUGGAAAACGAACAGUUUUUCUUGGUGUCUUCCCAUGUGAACAUUAACUUUAGAGCUCUCGCAGUUUCAACAGCAUGGUUAAUUGGAAAUUCUUCGGACUUUCCGUAACAAAUGGAAGAUAAACCUUUAGCUCGUGCGUGAUUUGAAGCAGAAACUCUUCGCAUUGGGCCCGUUAUUAAUUGGAACUUCGCGGGGCCGAAUUUGUUGCAGAAUUCUCCACUGCGUUAAGGAAAAUCUCUGAGGAGCGCUGGUUCGACAAUCAAUAGGAUUGCAUCUUUCCGAUUUCUUGCGUUUAUUUAUAAUCCAUACAAUAUCCGAAUUUUUUACAUUCAAACGAUCUUAAUCUUCUGCUACAAGAUAGCAAUUCUAUUUAUCUGCUAUUACAACGGAAAUACACGCCUAAACUAGUAAAACCAGGAUUGACAUUACUUAUUCGUGAUUUACUUAAAUCUCAAGCUAUUUCCUGUCAACUUGAUUUUAACAACUGUUUCUCAUUCAACGCCGACCAACACUUCUAUAAUUUACACCCACACGCACGCACUAUUUGCUUCACGAAUGACACAUCACGCAACGUCACAGGAUGUUCCAACCCGAACGCGCACGCACAAUUUGUCCACGCAGUUCCUUAUCUAAUUAUUUCAGACCAUUAUUGAUUUUCUAUAUCACGAACAUUCUCAAGUCUGCCAUUACCGUGCUAUGUUCAAUUAUACACCUAAAUCUUAAGUAACCCAUCCGUCAUCAAACCCUUAGCUUAAUUACUAAAUUAGAAAAUAAAGUAUCACGCGAUACGCCCACAAGAUUAUCACGACAGAAUUAGAUAAGGAUGGAAAUCUCUCUGGGUGGUCCUUGCGGUGCUCAGUAUGUAAUUGAAAAAACACUCUAAACGGUUGGCAAAUAAUUUUUGUCAAUAGAAGGACGGGGAGGGACGGGGGGGGGGGGCUUACUUACCGGAUCGAUAUUCUUCCAGGGUACAUCUUGAAAAAUUUGAACCCGUCUCAAAAGUCCUUACUUUUUUUCUUAUCUCUUCUCUUCUAGUGUUGAGUGCUAAAUCCAUCAGCGACGUCAAACCGAAUGCCCAGCGGAUGCCGCCGACAAGCAAGAUCAUGCGCAAUCUUACUUCUAGCACUGUCUUGUUACCAGGCUCCGUGUUAAUGCAACAACGGAAUGAAGGAAACCAGGGUAAGUGCCACUGAAACUUAUCAAAAUUCAAGGCAAAGGGCGUGGAAUGGUUUCAUUUCAGAAAGUCAGCAAGUUUCCUCUGACAUAUCCAUGGUGAGGUAUUUCCUUAAAGUGCCUUAAAAGUUACAUAGACAUCCACGAGGUCGUUUAUGUUUAUCUGCUUGCUCGGCAGAAGAUUUAUCCGUCCAUUUGACAGCCAAAUAUAUUUUCCAACGCCGAUUGUUUCAAUUCUUUGCUCUUUUUUCUUUCUACACCAGGCAUGACCCAGUAUAUUACAUUUGUAUCAUACCGCAAUCUUGAGGCUUUGAUGCAGCCAAGCGCAGAUGAGAAGUAAGUAAUCCUCUGUUACCUUUCUGUACCGUUAGCCAAAGCUAGAAUCUACCCAAACCUGUAAAAAACUCAUAAAGUAGCAUCGCCAGUCCUGUAGUUUUUUUAACUUCCUCUUCUUUCAACAAAGUUUUAUUUUAUACCGUGGCUAAUAUUAUCUGUGUAUUUCAGAUCCUCUAACUCCACGGAAGAUGAGAGUGGCUUGGGUAAAAUCGAGUCUGAAAUUACGUCAGUUUCACUGCACCCGAUGAAAAUAAACAGCUUUGAAGACCCAGUCAUCAUAACUAUGAAAAGCAAACAGGUUUGCAUCGACUAGCGACUCAAUUCAAUUGUGGCAAAGUGUGUUUGCUAUUUUUCCCUUGAGAGCUUACUUACUUUCCAAGGAGUACAAUUCCAUGGAAAUAUAACGCUUAGUAAGACAUUCAUUUCACACAACAUUUAUUUCACACCUGCUGUGUAUCACUGCUGACGCAAGAAAUAUCGUUUUUUCUUCCGCUACAGAAUAACGACAAACUCCAAGCUAACUGUGUUUUCUGGAAUGUGUCUGGGUGAGUCAAGAAAAUAUUUUCGGUAGCAAGUGUCUUAGAAUAGACACUAUGUUUCUUUUACCAUCGGCCGAAACUUCAUCAACUUCCGCCUUAGUGGGCGAAAGAGAACCUUGCAGCCUUUACCUAUAAAUAGCUAUAAUUUUGAUCUGGAGACAAUUUUAUGUGACCUUUUUUUUUCUUUUCAGUCCCAGAGGUUUCUGGUCGCAAACAGGCUGCCAUUUAAAGGAAAGGAACUCAAGCCAUACCACUUGUCAGUGUUACCAUCUAACAAGCUUUGCCGUGCUCAUGCGCAUAACAGACAUGCCAGAAAAUGACACAAUGGUUAGUACAGAUAGUCUUGAAGUCCACGACAACCAAGAUAAGAUGCGCAAAUUUCCUUACAAUUUGCUAUACAUUUAGUUAAUAUUUACCUAAUUAUAUUUUUAAUUAUCUCUUAUCCUUGUGGUAAAUGUUAUCAUCUCUCUCUCAUCAACAGGAGAAACAUAAAUUUACCUUGAGUCUUAUUUCAUUGGUUGGUAUUAGCAUUUCCGUCGCAGCUUUGGCCCUUGCUUUUCUCACCUUUGCUUUCUUAAGGUGAGUAAAGUAAACUUAACGCUGUGCUCUCUUGGUAUAAAGCAAUUUUUAAUUGAACACCGGAAGUAAUCCGAGAUUGUUUUUAUUUUCUUUACCAUGCUCUUUGAUUGGUCCAGAAAACUCGCAUCACCCUGUCGACCAAUCAGAUUCAAAACUUACAUAAAUCACGAAUGGGUCGCCCGCGUUUUCCCGCGCUUUCGGCAGUUUCCCUGUUUUUACUUUGAAUCGUGAUUGGUUCCUUAGGGUAUUUUCCUUCCGAUUGGCCGCCGUUUUCACUUUGGUUUUGGUUUCACCAAAUUUAAUCGAAAAGCACUCUAGCCUCUUAAACUAAAGCGUAGUCUUAUUAUCGGAUGCUGUCAAUAUCAAACUUUCCCACGUUUAAAAUAUCUGCAACAUUAAUCAAGUGAUUAUUUAUCCAUAAAAUAACAAGUGUAUUUUUUAACUAUUAUUUCAGGUUUAGAAACACGCGUCAUCGUUAUUUCGUUCACGCCAACCUAGCACUUUCUCUGGGUAUGGCAGAGACUUUGUUCCUGUUCGGCAUAACUAAGACGGCGAAUAAGGUGAAGAUACAGUAAUAAUGUGUUGUAUGAGAAACAAAACAAAGGCAGCAGUCACAAUUAAUCGCCUAAGAGAGAAGCAGGAGGAGUGGGAGGGGGGGAAGUCGGGGGAUUUUUUGGGGAUUACAUGGUUCUCAGGGGGGGGACGGAGAUGAGAGGAGACGCGACUUCCCCCCCCCCUUCCUUCAGGCGACAAAUAACGACUAGUAUAUGAUCAUGACGUUUUAAAUUUUUCUGUUUUCCCAUUGAUGACUACGUCGAGUCGACUCGAACGAACUAUGAUUAAUUUAGUUUUCGAAGUAACUGACUUAGACUCCAUAAUCAAGUUUAAGAGAAGGUUUAGAUUCCAACUGAAUACUUUUUUUUUCAGCUAAUUUGCAAGAUCAUCGCCAUCACCCUACACUACUUAUUUUUGGUUUCAUUUUGUUGGAUGGCUGUGGAGGGAGUCGUCCUCUAUCUUCUGCUUGUGAAGAUUUUCCGAACCAAAACUCGGCCAGCGAGAGAUAGAACUGUUUUCUUUACGUUUAGUUGGGGUUAGUGUCUUUUUAAUUGCUGACUGCUCGCAUCUAAUUCCUUGAGGUAAAGUCUGCUUUCGAGCUGAGUUGCCCUUACGGCUCAUACAAAUUUCCCUCUGCAAUAAGCGAGUAGGGUCAUUUCUUAUCUAUCCUUAUUGGAAAAAUAUGAUUUUUAGGGCCUGUAAACAGGCCCUUAGGGUCUUUUCUCUCUCUCUCCCCUUCAGUAUUGCUUGUGUACCGCUCGGUUAAUUUGCCAGUGACGAUCUGAGUUGGGCAGUCACGGAAACCCAAUUUGAUUACUUCAACGUAAAUUUCACUCAAUCCAGCUAUAUGUCCGUUUAAUUUCGUGCCUAGAUCCUACCGUGUAACUGUAACUGACAUGUACAACCGCCUAACCAUGAAAGGUCUGGUUACGAGGCUAAUGUCAGUUGUAAACACCCAGAGCAUGACUUUGUCUAAACAGUACAACAUAUCUUUUGUGUUUACUCAGGCAUCCCAGUAAUUGUCGUGGCUGUGUCGGCUGUGCCUUUUUACGAAGGCUACGGCACGGAGGAAUUGUGAGUAACCUUUUUAAUGCAAAGAUAGGACCGUUAUUCGUUUGUUAAAGCCUGCCUUUCCGUAAUUAGAGCGGUAAAUUUCGUAGAACGGACGGACCAGAUGAAUGGAAAAGCCUCAUAAUUUUAUGGAUUUAUCAAUAUCUUUUCCCUAGUUUUCACAAAUUUGCAAUUUAAGCAUACAUACGUCUAAAAACAAAAAAGCUGCUUCGAUAGCGAUAAUCAUGAAAUUCAAAUGACCCAUGAAAAUGCUCUCAUUUCAUUUUAACUUAGGAGUUGUACUGCGUUUCCAAGACAUGUGAAUACCGAACUUUCUGUGCACAAACUUCUGAUACAUGGCGUUUCCGUGUUUCUGUUAGGUAGAAUAAGUUAUGAUUAAUAAUUCCAUAUGUUUCUGUUUGUCAGCUGUUGGCUGUCAAUUGAAAGGCACUCUACCUGGGCGUUUGUAGGACCAGUUCUUUUAAUCUGCUUGGUAAGUUCCACUUUCUUUUUGCUUUUAUAACAUUCAAUUUCAUACACGGAAAGAAUAUGAACCCAGUCACUGAGUUCAUUUUCCAUACGCAGCAGUGUUGCAUAUGGCUUGGUAACUAGUGCACAAAUUUGGUAGUUCAGUGGUUUAAUUCGGGUCAAUGGUUAGAAAUCGGAAGUAACCUGCGUUCUAAUACUCAUGGGCGACUCCCAAUUUCUCUGUCUUUUACUCUGAAGACAAAUAAUAAACAUGCAUCUAUUUUCUUAUUCAAUAUUCUACUGAGCGAAAUGAAGAGUAAGAUUUGUAUGUUGUGCCCAGCCAACUAUGUAAUCAUUUAAUCGAUUAUUUCCACGAAAAAGCCAAAUCUUGGAGUUUUAGAGAAGGUUGACCAAUGUUUGGUCAAAAUUUUCUUCCACAGUUUAAUUUCGUUUGUUUGGGGAAGACGUUUAUGAUCAUGGCAGCUCGAGGACGAACGAAGAAGGAAGACACAAGUAUUGAAAAAAUAAGGUAAGACCACAGAAGUAACUUUCCGAUUGAGUGACAAAUCUGAUUGUUAUUUCAUAAUAAUACGCUGCGUCUGGACCAGAAACUUCGCGUCAACUUUGAGGCCGUUUUGAUGCCUGGAAAACAAAACCCUAAUUUCUCUUUAUAAAAUAAAUUGUGAUUUUUUUUUAAUACGCGUUUUCCAACGCUUUAACUUGUUUACACUUUGAGCUCUCUUUAAAGCCUUUUUGUUCUUUUGCUUUGGUUCGCUUUCGUGAUAAUUUCUUUUCUUGAGUUAUUGGAAAAAAUUUGGGGGAAAACGAUUAUUUGAAUCCAAGGGUAUAUUCGGCGUGCAUCACUGUUAUCUUUGAGGAGUCCCUAAUCGAUCAGAGUAACCCUUCCCCCUCUCCCUCAGUAUUUUUGUUACGUUCACAUGAUCAAUUCUCCUGGAUGGAGAAGUUCACCGUAAGAGUUCAAUUAGUGUCUUUCCCGAGAACAUCACACAAUAAAUAUGACUCAGAUUAUUACCUGAUCGUGACGUUGGGCGUGUUUUCAGCCCAAAAACUAAAAUAGCAUUAACAAUCGUUUUGCGUAACAGAUACUGGUCCAAAGGAUGUGCUUUACUUUCGUGUCUCCUCGGCCUGACGUGGAUACUUGGAGUUUUUGUAGUCAAUCAAGACACCAUAUUUAUGGCAUAUCUUUUUAAUAUUUUCAACACCUUACAGGUAUGUUCAGGAGAUUUUUAAACGAUAUUCUUUUACAUUCAAGAACUUAUCGGUAAUAAUUUAGCCUCCUGAACUGGUAAUCAAUUUUUUUUAAACUGAUUCCUUGAUAUUUAUCUGUUAUCUCACAGGGCCUAUUUAUAUUUGUCUUUCACUGCAUCGGGGAUGAAAAGGUGAGGCAAGCUUCCUUCAGUUUUCAAAAAAAAAACAUGUUUUAAUCAACUGUAAAUUGGCCAUAGUGAAGAGAUUUUAAGUUCACGUUUCGAGCAACAGCCCUUCAUCAGAGCUGACACGUGUAAAAGUAUCAGAGUUUUCUUUACAUUCUCCAAGUCUGAUCUCCAUGUGCUUACUUUUGUAUUUAGGUACGCGCAGAAUAUUUACGUAUAAUCCGCUGUCAAACACGUGCGCAGGCCUAUGGCGUUGCUCGGCCUUGGUGGAGCAAGUCGGACUCUUUAAGCCGAUCUCGAACAUGGGAGGAGAGGCAGGGGAAAGUUUACAGAAGGAGUACUCUUCAAUCAAAUAUUGAUUGCUCGAAGGUAUGUGAUUUUUUUAAACAACUUAAUCGUUUGUUUCUCUAAAAUAUUGAUAAGAGGAAGCAAGUGGAUGUAAGACUAAGACCAUGAAUUCCCCUUAAAAGUCAAAUGUGAAAAGAAAAUUUACUACCAGCUCCUUUUAAACUCAAGAUAUUUUAUCUCUCAGCACGGGAAAUGCUACUUGUGCCGCGUGUGUCGCUUGAAUGUCUUGAUGGAGAUCGAGAGGAGGAGUGAUCUACAAAUAACUUAAGACGGAUUGCCUAAGAAAAAAUUGUUGUGUUAAGGAAUCAGUCCCCUUUCCCCGAUUCUCCCUUGAUCUAUAACUUGAAAGGGGGAAAAAGUCAGGAAGUUACAUUUUUAUGCCAAAGUUGGUGCUAUGAGUUUUUUGCGUUUUUUGAUGUUUGCGACUGAAGUAGUCUACUCUUUCUAGUAUGUAGAGAACCUCAGAAAGUUGAAUAUAUUUCUGUACUUUUGAUUUUUUGUCAGCCGCAAGGUUCAAUUCAGCGGAGAACUAAUACCAUAACACGCCCCGAGGAUGUUGCAUUUCUAGAAAGAUUUGUUUAUAACCCACCCGCAGAAGUGACCAAUAUAUAUGGAACAGUUGGUACGAUAUAUUUAUUUUUUAUAAUAUAGUAUUUCUCGGUUCAUUCAGAGACUGACAUGAUUAGUGGAAGUGGAUUAGUGAUAAACGUGUCUUUGCUGAAGCUUGGCGAAACGAGUGAGAAAUUUCAUUUAAACCCGUGAUCUUAAACAGAACUCUUAGGUUAAACAAAUACAAAUUGCUUUUGCGAUAGCAUUCUGUACCAUUUUCGAUGGCAAUCAUGGGAACUAAUUACAAAAGUAUAGCUUUUUAACAGCUCCCCAUGAGCUAGAUAUUUCAUUUUCCUGAAGGGGGCUUUUUCUCAAAUUGUAUCAUUGAGCCUUGUUUAUAAAACUCCAGUGUUAAAGCUAGGUUUAUCACUUCUACAAUAAAUAAAAUUUACUGGACCAAGCAAUGCCUUGUUAGUCAUCGCGUUUAAAGACAUGGAUCUCUCUCUUUUUUAAAACACAGAAGAUGAAAAUCUACAGAAAAACGUUGAACAGGUAGAAACUCAGCUAUUUGAGGAACAAGACGAGAAUCAAACUGAUGGUCAAAAUGAGUUGGGAAGCUGUACACCAACACUACAUCAGGUAUUUCACUGCUUUAUAAUUGAAAGUUGAAAAGUGCCUUAUUCAAGAUCAGAAAUCACCAAUCUAAACACAAGUUGUUGCAAAACUCUUCGAGAACAAACAAACUACUUCUUUUAGGCUAAUUAUAACGACGUUCACACUGGCAAUCAAUCUCGCGAUUUAGUCUUUGUUUCUCCAACUUUGGAUCUCAUUGAUUCAAAGGAUGACGCGUUUUCUAUGCCAGUUACGAGAGGAACACGAAUUUUUUCGAACUAAUAAAGGAGCUUACCAUACCAGGAAGCCAUGUUUGAAAUAAAAACAAAGAGCGACGCCUCUUUUUUGCUUAAUUCUUUUCUUUAAGAAACAUACUGUUUGACUGAGAAGCGCUAUUUUGUUUUUUUUUUAAACCAUUGGACUCCUGAGAGUGACUAGCAUCUAAUUUCUCCUUAUACUAGCGAAGCGCGCAGAGCGUAGCCCCAUAAUUAUACAAAAUAGCAGUAACCCAUCAAGCCGAAAAAAUUUGGAUGUACGACUGUACGACCGUACGACCGCACAAGGUGCUACUUUUAACAUGCGUGGUCAACUGUACCCCAGGCACGCCAACGCCACGGCUUUUUCUAGUAGUCCAGUGGUCAGUGCACUGGGCUCCGAGUCGGACGAUCCGGGUUCUAGUCCUGGCCGGAGCAAGGCGUUGUGCCCUUGAGACGUGCGGGAAAAAAAAUGCGAGCUGCGCUUUUAGGCUUGGCUAAAUCUGUAUAUUAUCACUCCUGAAACAAACAUUAAGGUCACGACAAUAGAGGAAAUAAUCACAAACUAAAGAAGCUCUUGAAUUAAUUGUUGUACAAAUUCUCCUUAACACCUUAGGUAAUGUAAAGAGAUAUAUGGUAGAAUGGAGUAUGGAGGAUAUGCAUACUGAUGUUAGGAUGUAAAGGAUUAAGAAAAAAAAAGAGUGAAAAUCAAAUAAUUCUCCUAAUUUCCCAAUGAAAGUGUUUAUAGCUGUAUUGCUGAUUCGGCAGAAUUUAAAAUAAUUUACUACAUUAACGAUAUUUGUUUAAAUAUUUUACUCCUAGGAUCCAGAGCAAAUCAGAACAGAACACGUUUCGCUUGAAACCGGUUUGACUUGUUCCUGUAAUAGUGCGUCAUUAUCGAAUCUCCCGGAUGUAAUACAGACUGACUACAAAGAGAACUAUAAAGCGAAAAAUGACAGCACGAUGUGAAAAGUGAGAGGAAGCGUGCGCGCCUGCUUAUUUGAAAUUAAUUUUCUUACACGAGAAUCUCGCUAAAUACGUGUUUGGUGAGCGAAAUGGGGAAUUUUUGCACACGAGGAUUGAAUGCCUAGCAGGGAAAUAUGCUUUCUUGGAUGGCAUCAGUGGACCCCUUUAGAGAAGUAGAAGAGAUAAGCUGGGAAAUCCAGAAAGAAAUCCCAAAACCAUCGUGAAAUGUCAACUGCUGAAAUAUCCGGAAAAUAUUUAAGGUCCAGAAGCACUAUUCGCAAGGCUUGAGAUUUUCGCCGUGAAGUGGAAAUAAAAAGAUUGGAUCAAUGUCAGUAUCUGAGCGACUGCACACCCAUGUCUCCACUGAUAACAAGCUAGGGUUAAUUUUUGGAUCAGGGGAGGGGAAGGGGCGAAGUUGCUUAGGUACUGACAUUGAUCAAAAGAUUCAUCUAUUGAUGUAUGUCUUUUAAAUAAAAAGACUACUUUGGCCAUGUUUCAUGGAUCAUCGCGUAGAUCAUCGAGAAACUGAAAUGUUCGGACGUUUAACCAGCUGCGUUUAAUAGAUGACUUUGAAUGAUGAAGGUAGAUUGACUGUAUCUGCGCACGCCCAAAGAGACUAUUCAGGAUGCUGGGUGGUGCUGUUGGUGCAGAAACGAGGGAGGAGUGGGGAGAGUGGUCACCAAUAGCCCAAAUGGAACAAGAGGAAAGAAGCAUUGAUUUUUUUCGUUUCUAUUGUCCUAAAAUUCUGCUGAUCUUACCUACAAUGCUAUGUUAAAACUUACUUAGUAUAAACCAACUUUCAUGACAAUCUAGAAUGUUAAUCUUCUUCAUUAGACCGCGAGUUCGUUCACGGUGAAAUUGUAUUUAUAAACAAACUUCAUUACUUAAUUCAAAUAAAUUUUGGAUUAAAUUAAUAAUUUAUAUUUUGACUGUGAUAUGGGCAUAAUAAUAACUAUUGGCCCUCUCUUUCUCCAAUCAAAUCUUGUUUGACAGUUUAAAGCCAUUUCUAUACCAAUAUAAGAAAUUUUAAACUACCUAAAAAAUUGUAAUUCCUAGAUGAUAAACCAAUUUAAAAAUCUAUAUAUCUUAAUUUGUAACAUAUUUUCUCAAUAAUUCUUGCCAUUUCCACCGAACAUAAAAAUUGCCCUUACGAGCUCGCCUCUUGGUAUCCAGUAAAACACGUGACUUUGAUAAUUAUUCCACCUGCUGUUAGAAAGUAUUCCCUUUUAACUGUCU